AUGUCCUCCUCCCCGCUCAGGGUGGCUGUGGUGUGUAUGAGCAACAUGAACAGGAGCAUGGAAGCCCACGGCAUCCUCAGGAAAAACGGCUUCAGGGUCCGGUCUUUCGGAACUGGAUCUCGUGUGAGGCUCCCAGGAUCGGCGCCCAAUCUUCCCGUGGUUUACGAUUUCUCAACCACAUACAAGCAGAUGUACAACGACCUUCUCAGGAAAGACAGACAACGCUAUACCAAGAAUGGAAUCUUACACAUCCUGGGAAGAAAUGAGCGAAUCAAGCCCCGGCCAGAAAGAUUUCAAGAGUGCAGCGAUGCCUUCGAUGUCAUCUUUACCUGUGGGGAGAGCGUCUACGACCGAGUGGUGGAAGACCUGUGUGCCAGAGAGCAGGAGACCUUCCAGCCCGUGCACGUGAUCAACGUGGACAUCCAAGACACCCUGGAGGACGCCACCCUUGGAGCCCUGCUCAUCUGUGAGCUCUGCCAGUGCCUCCAGCAGGCGGAUGACAUGGAGGACAGUCUGGAUAAGCUGCUGCUGGCAGUGGAGGAGAAAAGAGGAAAGAGCUUUCUUCACACGGUCUGCUUCUACUGA